UGGAGUGAGUGCUGCAGCGCGCCCGGUGUGUCCAGUGUGAGGACCGCUGGGAAGGGUGUCAGCCCCCACGGGAACCGGCCAUGUCCCGAGAGUAAAGGUCACUGUGCAUGGCUGUACUCUGUGUGACACGGCACAACGUCACCCCUGGAGCCGCUGUGUCCCAGGUGACCAGGCUGCCCGACUCGCCGCCUGCCGCCACCAGGGCAGAGUGCCAGGCAGGGGCUGGAGGGGCCCUCACCAAGAUGGCGGCGGCAGGGGCGGCCGCCGGUCCUUCCCAGGGGCCGUCCCGCGAGUGACCGCGACGCGGAAGCAGGAGGCGGGGAGGCGCGGCGCGGAAGCCAUUUGCAGGUCGCUCGGUUCGGCUCCGCAGUCGAACCUCGGGGCCCCGGACGCAGCACCCCCGACCCCGCGCGGCCCUAGCGCAGCCCCUCAAGGCUCACACGCGGCGAAUGGGGCCGGGGUCACUGGACCCCACCCCCCCGGGCAGUGGAGGCGGGACCUGCGCAGGCCGUCCAAUAGCGCGCAACGGGUGGGUCCCGGUGCAUACCUGCAGGCCUACAAGUCACAGUCAAGGCGCUGGGGCCAAUCAAGAACUUGCGAGUCAAAACCCAGCAACACUAUGCUGAGCUUCUCCCCGAGCCCUCAGCAUGGCACCUGGACAGAGCUGUUCUUUCUGCUUUUGGGUCUUGGCGCUGCCCUCUACCUGGGCUACUACUGGGCAUAUGUGCCCCAGAAGCCUCGACUGGUGACAGGGUCCCGGUUUCUGGCUUUCCUGGAGCGACACUGUCCAAUCACCGUGGAGACUUUCUACCCUACGCUGUGGUGUUUUGAGGGGCGGCUACAAACCAUCUUCCGAGCCAUACUGCAGCCUCGGCCUCUAGUCCUUUACCGGAGUGAAGUCCUCCAGACCCCAGACGGAGGACAGCUGCUGCUAGACUGGGCCGGCAGGCCCCCCGGCAACCGGCACCCAACCCCCGCCACGCAGCCCAUCGUACUGCUGCUUCCCGGGAUAACAGGCAGUAGCCAGACCGCCUACAUCUUGCACCUAGCUGACCAAGCUCUGAGGGACGGUUAUAGGGCUGUCGUUUUCAACAACCGCGGCUGCCGUGGGGAAGGGCUGCUGACCCACAGGGCCUUCUGUGCCAGCAACACUGAGGAUCUGGAGACGGUCGUGAGCCACAUAAAGCACCGCUACCCCCGUGCUCCGCUGCUGGCUGUGGGGAUCUCUCUCGGAGGGAUAUUAGUGCUGAACCACCUGGCACGGACCGGACGGGCUGCAGGGCUGGUGGCGGCACUGACUCUGUCUGCAUGCUGGGAUCCCUUUGCGACCACCAGGUCCCUGGAGACCCCACUCAACUCACUGCUCUUUAAUCAGCGCCUCACCGCGGGGCUCUGCCAAGUUGUGGACCGAAACAGAAAGGUGAUGGAAAAGGUGGUCGAUGUAGACUUUGUGCUACAGGCCCGCACGAUCCGCCAAUUUGAUGAGCGCUACACAACUGUGGCCUUUGGAUAUAAAGACUGUGUUACCUACUACCACGCAGCAAGCCCAAGAGCUAAAGUCGGUGCUAUCCAGACACCUGUGCUCUGCCUCAAUGCAGCCGACGACCCCUUCUCCCCAGCCCAUGCCCUCCCACUACAGGCUGCCCAGCAAUCUCCCCAUGUCGCACUGCUCGUCACAGCCCAGGGUGGCCACAUCGGCUUCCUGGAAGGGCUGCUCCCCUGGCAGCACUGCUACAUGAGCCGCCUCUUCCACCAGUACGCCAAAGCCGUCUUCCAGCACCUGGCAGAGCUGCUCGGCCUCGGCGCUCUCUCAACUUCCAAGGGAGGCAAGAGCUGACAACAGUGCCACUUAGGGUCUCAGUCCAGUCUUCCCUUUUUUAUUAAAUAUCAGCUUUUCCUGUCAAAUGGGCUGAGGUUCUUCACUUUCCCUGUUCUCAAGGGUAGGGUGGACCACCUAGGAACCUACCGCAUCUUUAGCCUGGCUGGCCUAGAGCUACUCAGCUCCACCCACAGAUUACUGCCUGGGUCUUCCUUUUACCCCUUCCUUCCCUCACGCCAAGUCCCAGGCCGGUGCUUGCUCCAGCAAGUGCAACGGGCUCACAGAAAGGGCAAUUGGCCCCAGGUUGUGAGGGAGAAGGAGAAACGAUUGCUUCUGCAGGAAGGACAGCACUGACUCCAGAUUCUGGGGCAUCUUCACGUAUUUCUGGAGAAAGGAUAAGCUCGGGAGCCCCCAGUGAGCAGAGGAGAGGAGGCAGGUGGUGUGGCCUGGGCUGUAGACGCCACUCUCCUAGGUGGAUCCAAAGAUGAUGAACACAGGCUUCCCAGAACUCAAGAGUCACACAGGGCCACAGCCAAGCUUUAACUGGGCAGGGCAGACGGUUCCGUCAAGUCCCAUCAGAGGCCACCUCAGCUGUGGACCCAGGCAGAGGUGGAGUGAGCAAUGGCAUCCAGGCUUCCACUUUAGUCCAGAAGGUGGCUGGGUCUAGGCCGCUGACUCCCUGGGAGCAGGAGGCUAAAGGAAACCUGGAAAGGCACUCUGGAGCAGCAGGAU